AUGAAGAAAAGAUCCUACACAUAUACAGGGAGUGUCCUUGCUUAUAUGUCUGGAAUUGAUUUAUCCAAAAAUAAACUAAACAGAAGUAUUCCAUCUGAGCUUAGAAACUUGACAAGACUUCGAGCAUUGAACUUGUCUCCCAAUGAUUUGAUUGGACAAAUUCCAAUUUCAUUCUCUAAUUUAGUACAAGUAGAGAGUCUGGAUCUUUCUUUCAACAUGUUGAGUGGUCAAAUUCCUCCUCAACUAAAUCAGUUGAACUCUCUCGCUGUAUUUAGUGUUGCAUAUAACAACUUAUCAGGCGAUACACCCGAGCAAAAAGGCCAAAUUUAUUACCUGACUUAUAUCUGUUUAAGGUCCAUGAGACAAAUUAUAAAUAGAGAGCCAGGGCCACAAGCCAGGCGAUCGAGCGACAAGGAAAAAAGAAGACAAACGAAGAACCUAGAUCAAGCAUCGGAAAGUGGCAAAGCCACGUCAGAAAAGGUUAGUCUCUCGGUCCCCAAAAAUACCUACCGAAACAUUACCUUUGAUGAAAGUAGCUAUGAAGGAAAUUCUCUUCUUUCUGGACCUCCAUUGUUAAAAAGUUGUCAUCCUGAUGCACCGUCACCAACCAUUUCUCAAAUGAUGAAGACAAUGACAACCCCAUUGACAUACUUGUUUUUUGUGUAA